AUGUCUGCGUCGAACCGCUCCGUGAAGUUCUCCUUUUCGGAGUCGUCAACCGCCGAAGCGCCGACAGAGCCGCCACAGGAUGCCGCCGCACCGCCCACAACCACCGUGGGGGCGGCCUCUGCAGCACACGAUGCCGCAGAGGCCGAACCCGCAGCCGUUCGAGCUGCCAUAACAACGGCGGAGCCGCCAACUUCCGCACCAUCACCAUCAGCGCCUUCUACCACCACUCCAAAAGCGAACGCAGCGGCCCCGCCCGAACCGGCAACGCCGGCACCUCCUGCUGCGCUGAAGUCCGCGAUGAAGUCGAAGGACCGCAUCGGCGGUGCCCCCCGCCGCAGCGCCUUCGUUUACUGCGAAGAAUGCGGGCAGAACGUGCCGGUCGAGGAGUGGCCGGACCAUCGUGACCGCCUGCGCAAAGUGAACAUGGUCGAACAGGUGAGCACCUUCCAUGAACGCAUCGUGCGCUUUUUCGGGGAGCUGCUCAUGUGGAUACUGCGCAGCGUGUACUUCCGCGAGGUGACCGUGGUGGGCCGCGAGAACAUCCCUCGCGCCGGCGCGGUGGUGUUCUAUGGCAAUCAUCAGAACCAGUUUAUCGACGCGCUGAUGAUGAACUCGCACUGCGGCCGCCCGGUGCGCUUCCUGAUGGCCGAGAAGGCUUUUCAUCAGCCGGUGAUUGGCCGGGUCGGCCGCCUCUUCAACUCGGUGCCGGUGAUUCGCCCGCAGGACGUGCCGCUGGUCCCCGGGGAAGGAGUGCUGAUCAAGACGAGCGAUAGAACGAUUCUCGGCGAGGGGACGAAGUUCUCGAAGCUCAGAAAAGGCGACGUGCUGGUCUGGGCGGUCCCGGCGUGUAAGAAGGUUGUCGCACAGGUAAGUCGCAUCUGCAGCGACGCGGAGGUGGAGGUCACCGUGCCGAUCCCGCCGGAGCACGUGGUGUGUGCGCCGACGAGCUACAACUCUUCCCGCCGCAUUGAUCACUCCGAGAUGUACGCCAAGGUGUAUGAUACGCUGCAGAAGAACGACUGCAUUGGCAUCUUCCCCGAAGGCGGCUCGCACGACCACACGUCACUGCUGCCGCUGAAAGCCGGGGUGGCGCUCUUCAGCCUCGGCGCGGCGGAGCGCCACAUCAGCGUGCAGAUCGUGCCGGUGGGCCUGACCUACCUGUACGGGCACAAGUUUCGAAGCCGUGCGUACAUCGAGUUUGGCGAGCCGAUCUCGCCACCGGCGGAGUUGGUGCGGCUCUUCGACACCGACAAGCGAAAGGCGACGGGGCUCUUCCUGGAGCAGCUGAACGCCGCGCUGCGCGCCGUCACCAUCAACGUGCCCGACUACCAAACGCUCAACUUUCUGCACUCCUUCCGCCAGCUCUACCAACCGCCGAAUUGCACGCUGUCGGCGCGCGACUACCUCCGCCUGAUUCGCCGCCUGAGCAAUGUGAUUGAGGAAAAGAAAGGCAGCCCCGACUUCAUCGAGUUCCGUGAGAAGGUGGAGAACUACUCCGACUUUUGCAGCGCGUUGAUGGUGCGCGACAGUCAGGCGGCCACGCUGAAGCAGCUCCUCAACGCGGACAGCGAGACGCCGCAGGUCGAGCUGCUGCUGCGCCGCACCUUUGCGCUUUACCUCAUGGCGGUGAUUCUCGUCCCAUUUUUCCUCGUAGGGCUCCCCAUUGGCGGCGUUGUGAAGUACUUCGCACUGAAGCGGACGAAGCAGGCGCGGUCGGCGAGCGCGGUGAAAAUUGUCGGUGCCGAUGUGACGGGCUCCUUCAAGAUUCUCAUCUCCUUCGUUGUGGUGCCCGCCGCUUUUAUGUUUGUCUCGCUGGUUGUGUUUCUUUACACCGACCUGCGCACCGCCCUCGUGGUUUUCUUUUCCCUCCCGAUGGCCAUGUACGUGUCACUCCUAAUCUUGCAAGAGGCGAUUAUGGAGCUGCGCGCAGCCCUGCCGCUGUUCAUGUCGCUGGUGUCGCGGCACAAGCAGUUCAAGAAGCUCUACGAGCGUCGCGAGGACUUGGCGAAGCAGGCGCGCGCCAUCGUUCACAAGUACGACCCCCAACUGGAAGAGGAGAUGAAGGUGUAUGUCGAUAUGUGCGACAGCGACAAUGAGCUGGACCGCGAGCCGUCGCUCUUCUCCUUGCGCUACAGCGUGCGCCGACGUCAGGCAACGAACGCGUGA